AUGUCCGACGACCGACCAGCCGGACGGCCGCACCCCAUACAGCGCAUGAUGGCGACCCGACCUCCGGACAUUCCAGUUGAGGAAAGGCGGGCUUUGGAGAAUAUGUAUUUACACUACUAUCCGGCGAACCACAACCGCAUUACUUCCCGAUUCCUUGUGAACCCUCCACGGCAUCUUCUCGACCAGCACACACUUUUUCCAGUUGAACCAGCAGAGCACCCAGAAGAGUUGGUCGAGGACCUCUUGAACCUGUCGAGAUUCCCGUCCACCGCGGACGGGUUCAGGAUCUCGUUUGCACCCGGGACUCGGAGGCCGGCCCUGGUCACGUACCCGUCGACCUUGUCGUGGCUGAUCUGGGGCAUUAGCGACUCACUCCACCUACACCCGAUCUACGCCUACUACUACUUCGCCAAGUGGACCAUGAUUGACGGGUGGAACUCGCAGGAGUUCCGAUCGGAAUUCCAGGCCAUUGAAUACGCCGUCGAACUGCUCCUCGAGUUUGCCUUGGGGGAACGGGACCCGGUCAGGAUUUUCUCCAUCAAGCUACUCCUGCAGACCUUCCGCAUCCGUGAGCUCGACAUUUGCGGCUGCAAGGUAAAAGGCAAGAUCAUCCACUGGGCGCAAGACCCGAAGCAGAAGACGCUCCCACAUGUGGUCAUCUUUCAGGCGUCGAAUCCGCAAAUGUCACUUUACGCGUUAACCAAGACGCGCUUUCAGGACAACGAAGAGUGGCCAGUGGCGCAACUUGUCGGUACCGACCUGACUUGGGAGUAUGCCGAGGAUAUCGGGACCACCGAGGAGCGAGCACGACGUUUGACGACCGAGGAAUACGUGAACCCUCACAAUCCUCUCGGACCUCCAUGGGUCAACCGAUCGAGCGGAGAGGAGGACGAUGCCAGUCAAUCAGGAGCUGACGGGGAUUCGGACUCUGAUGAUCACAGUAUGGAUCUGUCCGUAGGAAAUCCUACCCUGCUCGGGGACGUGGAAGUCGUUCUUGACCAUCUUGGCACCCCAGAGCAUGCUUCUUCCUCCAGCGGUGAUUCAGAAUCAGACCAAGAUUUCCGUGCCUUUGAUUAUCUCGAUGACGAUUCGGAUUCGGAUUUACCUCCGUGGCUGAUACGCAGAUGA